AUCGAACUUCUGUUCUUAAUUUUGAUUGUGGCUUCUGGCAGAUUUUAAAAUUUUUGUGAUAUUCGUGUUUUGAUUUUGUUAAUCCGGCACAAGCUAAGAAUCCGUUCAGGAGCAUACGCCGGAAAACAAACCUCCAUUCCUUCCUUCCUUAAUUUUGAAAUAUUUGUGAUGUAUAAAAAUUCUCAGAAGCCAAAUGUGAUUGAAUCAAUAUCCAUGGCACCUAAUUUGUUCAUUAAAAAUGCUCACACAGAUUGAUUUGGGGACAGGUUAUGGAACCAACGCACAGAGAAAAAAAUAUUGCCUAUAAAUCAUCAAGAUUAAAAUAUAUGAACAAUAGAAGUUUAACAAUUCCUGCUUGCUUAGGGUUAAAUAUAUGCAGUUAAUUCUGUACUUUUUAACAAGGCUUGCUAUCUCAUCUACUCAAUGAUUAAGAAAAGAAGUUAUGUUAUAUAUGCAAAGAAAGCAAGUAAUUCUCUGAAAAAUUAAAAAAAUAUGUAGCAUGCACAAUAUCAGCAUAUCUAAUAGAUACUUCGGCUUAACUUCACAGAUACUUAUGUUUUAACAUGAUGAAAACUUUUAAUCAGAUUUAACUUGUGUUGCAAAAGAUUUUCUAAAAAGCAUGCUGUAGCGAGGCAUAUUCUAACACUUUGUGAAAGAAAAGCCUAUCUGUGGAUCAUACAAUAUAAAAUAUUUUCUAAUCAAAGCACUCCAAAUUGGAAUAUAUGUAAGCUUACCAAAGAAUUCUGCAAAAUGUGUACUAAAGUCUUUUCUACGCAGGAAUAUAUAAUGCCACAAAUCUCGAAGCAUAUUAAAAAGAAACCAUUUGUAUGUAAUGUGUGCGAUAAAGUAUUUUCUCUCAAAGGAAUUUUAAAGACACAUUUAAGAACGCAUACGAAAGAGAGUCCGUAUAUUUGUGAGGUUUGCAGUAAAGCGUUUUCUCACGAAAGGAAUUUAAAGGUACAUUUAAAAGUACAUUAUCUGCAUACAGGAGAUAAUCCAUACGCUUGUAAUGUGUGUGGUAAAGUAUUCUCCCACAAAGGAAAUUUAAAGACACAUUUAAGGACGCAUACGAAAGAGAAACCGUAUGUUUGUGUUUGCAAAAAAGCGUUUUCUUUACUGGGAACUUUAAAGAGUCAUUUAAGGACGCAUACGAAAGAGAAACCGUAUGUUUGUGAGAUAUGCAAGGAAGCGUUUUCUCAGAAAAAUAGUUUAAAGAUACAUUUAAGGGCGCACACGAAAGAGAAACCGUAUGUUUGUGAGAUGUGCAAUAAAGCGUUUUCUCAACGAGGACAUUUAAAGACUCAUUUAAGGACGCAUACGAAAGAGAAACCAUAUGUUUGUGAGAUUUGCAAUAAAGCGGUCUCUCAAAAAUUUAGUUUAAAGAUACAUUUACUGACGCAUACAAAAGAGAAACCGUAUGUUUGUGAGAUAUGCAAUAAAGCAUUUUCUCACAAAAAUAGUUUAAAGAUACAUUUACUGACGCAUACGAAAGAGAAACCGUUUGUUUGUGAGAUUUGCAAUAAAGCGUUUUCUCAAAAACUUAGCUUAAAGAUACAUUUACAGACGCAUACAAAAGAGAAACCGUAUGUUUGUGAGAUAUGCAAUAAAGCAUUUUCUCACAAAAAUAGUUUAAAGAUACAUUUACUGACGCAUACGAAAGAGAAACCGUUUGUUUGUGAGAUUUGCAAUAAAGCGCUUUCUCAAAAAUUUAGCUUAAAGAUACAUUUACUGACGCAUACAAAAGAGAAACCGUAUGUUUGUGAGAUAUGCAAUAAAGCAUUUUCUCACAAAAAUAGUUUAAAGAUACAUUUACUGACGCAUACGAAAGAGAAACCGUAUGUUUGUGAGAUAUGCAAUAAAGCGUUUUCUCUCAAAAAUAGUUUAAAGACACAUUUGAGGACGCAUACGAAAGAGAAACCAUAUGUUUGUGAGCUUUGCAGUAAAGCGUUUUCUGAGCAAUCAAAUUUAAAGAGACAUUUAAGAACGCAUGCGAAAAAGAAACCGUAUGUUUGUGAGGUAUGCAGUGAAGCGUUUUCUUACAAAAGAAGUUUAAAGAUACAUUUAAGGACGCAUACGAAAGAUAAUCCAUAUGCUAAUAAUGUGUGCGAUUAAGUAUUUUCGCAUAAAUAAUACAGAGUAAUAAUUGAUACUGUGUAGUAAUUUAAAUAAAUUCCCACUAAAUUUGUGCCUGCUUUAAAUAGUUAUUUAAUUUAUGGAUUUUUUUUAUGAACGAUUCACUCUAAUUAUCUUUACUUCCUUUUGACCAGCACUCAUGGUUUUAUGUAUUUUUUACAUUAUUUCAAUUAAUGUUCAUGCAAUUUCAAUGUUGAAUUUAUAUAUUCAUUUAUAAUAGUUUAAUUUAUAAUCGAUAAAUAAUUUUAAAUAAUACUAACAAAAAGAGAAAAUAAUUGCUGUAGCUUCUAAAUAUUCAAAAUUCUCAUGAAAUAAAUAUUGACUAGUAGAAUAUAGAAAUAGUAGUUUCUGUUUCAUACCAAUCAUUAAAAGAAUUAACUAAAAUUUAUACAAACAUCCUACACUGUUUAACUGAUUCAUUACUUUUCAAUUUUGCUUCCUAAUGAAGUGAGUGUGUGCACUAUAAGACAUAAUUAUUAUUGAAUUUUUUUAAAAAUGAGCCUUUUUUUUAUAAAAUUCAGUUUAUAGUGCAUUCAUAUAUUGAGUGUUUAGUUUUUUCCUGAGUAUUUUGAAAAUUUUCUUAACAUCGAAGAAAUUAUUUCUUAAUAUUAUAUUUAUUUUUAGUAUUUUUAUAUAAUACUAUUUUAUUAUUAUGAGUUACUGAAAUAUGUCAGUAGUAGUAAAAAUAAUGCUUUUAUAAGUUAUCUUGCUAAAUAAUCAUUUGAACAAUUAUCAAAAUAGAAAUCGCAUACCAUCCAAAAAAUAAUCCAGAUAAUUUUAAGCAAAUAAUAUAGAAAUCCUUAACUAUUCCAUAUUGGUAUAUCUUUAAACUGAAUCAUUGGUCCUCUUAAUUGAAAUAAAGCUCUUCCUUGAGGUUACAGCUUAUGUAUUAAAAUCAAUUUUAAUAAAAUUAAAAAUAUAUGAUAAAUUUUUCCUAUAUGAAAGAUAUAAUUUCAAUAAAUUACAUCAAAGCCAUUUCUCAAAAGAAUCAGUGGUAUUCCUUAAAUCAGAUACUAUAGUAUUUUUACAUUGGUACUCAAGAAAUAAUCUUAUUAUAACAACGAAAUCAGUAACUUCUUUCAUAAUAUAACAUUCAGAAUAUUUGGAAUUGUAAAAUAUGAUAGAUUUUAUUAAAAUGAUCUUAUCUCAAUCACAAUGUCUCUGUUCACAAUGUAUUCUUAAAGUCUAAAUAAAGGUCUUAUUUGCAAUUCUAAAAAAUUUAUCUGAAAACGAUUUCUAUCAUUUGGGCAAUUGUGUUUUUUGUAUUCAGACAGAAUAACGUUUACUGAACGAAAGUCUUUAAAGGGGUGAAAUAGACAAAUAAACCCAUUCAUCAUCAUAAGAAUUCUUAAAAAGAGCAUUUCCAAGAAGUUGAAGAUUUUAAGUCAGGUAGUGAAUCGGAUUAAAACGAAGUCUUCGAAUGCCAAUUAAACCCUCAAGGGGUCAUCUUUCUUUUCCUGUCCUCAACAAUAUCUAUAUAAAUAGUUUUAAGAAGAAAAUUUCAUCAAACUGAAAUAGCAAAAAAUUUUACUGCGGAUUACUUUCUAAAGUUCAGUAUAUCGCAAUGCCAAAUUAAAUUUUCGGAGAAUUCCGCACAAAAUAUGUUUUAAAAGUGAAACAUUUUAAACACAAUCUAAAUAAUAUUUAAUUAUAGAUUUGAUAUAUUUAUUUUAAAUUAUGAAACAACAAAAUAUAACAAUGCUCUAAAAUAAUGUUCUAAAAUUAAUAUCAUUAAUUAUUAUAAUAUUUAAGUUUGCACGUCUUUUGUACACUAAGCGAGAGUACAAAAUUAAACUAUUUUGGAAAUUCCACAAAAAAAAAAAAGAAAUCUAGAGGGACCUAAGCAAUUCUCUAUUUAAUAAAAAAAGUCAUACUCAGUCACUGCAGAAUUGUAUUCAGACUAUUAACAUAUACUCUGUUGAAAAUAUUUUUCAUUAAAAUGAACUUUCUUUUACACGAAUAAAAAUAAUGCAACGAACAUAAGUUGCUAAACAAUUAAAAGAAAUAACCACAUGAUUGACUUCUUAAAAAUAAAAAUUGCUUAAUAUUUCAGUGACAAGCUGUUUCAUUCAUCAUUUAGAUAAAAAGAAUUAGAUUGUCGUCAAUAUUAGGAGGAUAUAAAUCUGUUGGAUAAAAAGUUCUUAAUUCUUCAGACUCAUUAUGUGUUAAACAAACACUUGUAAACACUAUAGUGAAACCUCCUUUCUUAAAUAAAAAAUGAAAAUUACCUUGAUUUUACAGAGUUUUUCAUAUCCAAUUCACUAAAAAAGCAAAUGCAAGUAAUAAUAUAGCCUCCAAAUUAAAUUUGAUAAGGAAAAACUAGUUCAAAAAUAGUGUUCAUAUAUUAUGAGAGACUUCUUUUUUUUCAGAUUUUUAACACAGUUUAAUUAAUUAUUUUUUUUCUAUAAAUAUGGUCUUCUUCUUUUGUGUUAAAACAUUCAGACGAAAUAUUAUUUUUCAAU